CCGGAGACGAUGGACCCCAUCCCGCCCGUGAACGCGAAGGGUGGGCGCACGAUCCCCGCGGACGGCUGGCGCACCAUCUACAGCCUGGUCGUGACAGAGGACAUGUGCAACCCCCUCGGCAACCUCCACGGCGGCGCGGCGGCGACGCUCGUCGAUACCGUUACGAGCGCGUCGAUGGGUCUGCUCGCGACUGACAAGAUGUGGGGACACCCCAUGCUCACGGGGGUGAGCUUGGCGCUCGAUAUGGCGUACUAUAACGCAAUAGCGGGACCAAGAUGAAGAUUACGGUCACGGUCGAGCACCUGGGCGCGUCGCUCGCCAACGUCCGCGGCGAGCUGACAGACUGGGAGACCGGGAAGCGUUACG